AUGGACGGCCUCGCAGCGGAAGACCCAAUGAACCGCGCGCUCACCGCUCAGAAAAAUUUCUACUCGGCCUUGGAUUUCUCUGGACAAGGAUCGGACCUGGGCCACAGCGGAGUGAACCAACUCGGAGGAGCCUUCGUCAACGGCAGACCACUUCCUGACUCGCGAAAGGGUUCAAAAUCCGACACAGCUAAAAACGUCUGCAACUCCGACAACAUCCCUUCCGUAUCCUCGAUCAACCGAGUCCUCCGAAACUUCCAAAACGAAAAGAUGGUCCGCGAGUCUCCCCAGAGCUCGCUCUCCUGGUCUCCCGAAGCAGCCAAUUCUAGCUGGCCCUUCGCGGCAAAUUCCUCCUUCGGCGACGUUGGACCCACUUCUGCUGAUUCCACAAAAGACACAUCUGCCUCGUCCAUCAGUACAUCUGACGAAGAUAGGGUGAAAGAAGAUCCAGACAUUCAGGCACGACUUCAGCUAAAACGAAAGCUUCAGCGAAAUCGAACUUCCUUCACUCAGCAGCAAAUCGAGUCGCUGGAAUCGGAAUUCGAACGCACCCACUAUCCUGAUGUCUUUGCGCGGGAACGACUCGCGUCGAAAAUUGGCCUGCCGGAAGCUAGAAUCCAGGUCUGGUUCUCGAACCGCCGCGCGAAGUGGCGCCGCGAGGAGAAAAUGCGAAAUCAGCGGCCGAAUACGACAUCCGCCGCACACUCGAACAGUUACUACCCGGCAAUCAAAACAGAACAUUCCACUGGAAGUAGCCCAGUUUCAGGCUAUCCUGCCAUGUCGGGCGGCAUUGGCGCUGGCAUUCCUAAUCCGUCGGCAGCAGUCAGUGAUGUAGUCAAUACAGGAGCCUACUCUGGCAUGCAUUCUAUGGCUCAGAAUUCUAGUGGCGCGGCUUACGAUCCGUCCUACAGCUGCAUGCUCAAUUCUGCAUUCAGCUCAUACUCAGGCAACCAAGCUGAUUUGCUGCAGAAUCUGAUGACCCCUGGUCUCUCCAUGGCGCAAAAUUUGGGAAGCCACCAGUCUCACGAGCUCUACUGGCCCUACAGAUAA